AUGUCCUCCAAGGUCCGAGUCGCCAUCAUCGGUGCAGGCAACUGUGCAUCCUCGCUCGUACAGGGCGUCGAAUACUACAAGAACGCUUCUGAGGAUGAGUUCAUCCCCGGAUUGAUGCACCCCAACCUGGGCGGCUAUCACAUCCGCGACAUUGAAUUUUCUGCUGCCUUUGACAUCAACGCCGAAAAAGUGGGCAAAGAUCUGAGCGAAGCCAUUUUUGCACAUCCCAACAACACCAUCAAAUUUGCCGAUGUCCCCCACCUCGACGUUCCCGUUUACCGCGGCAUGACUCACGAUGGCCUGGGUAAAUACCUCGACCUGGUCAUCACAAAAGCCGAAGGCGACACCGUUGACAUUGCCGAAGUCCUCAAAGCCACGCGCACAGAUGUCGUCGUCAAUUAUUUACCCGUGGGCAGCGAACAGGCUACCAAGUGGUAUGUGGAACAAAUCCUUCAAGCCGGAUGCGCCUUCGUCAACUGCAUGCCCGUCUUUAUCGCAAGUGCCGGACACUGGCCCGAGCGCUUUGAAAAACGCGGCCUACCCCUCAUCGGCGACGACAUCAAAUCACAGGUCGGCGCCACCAUCACCCACCGCGUGCUCACCCGCCUGUUCCGCGAACGCGGCGUCAAACUCACCAAAACGUAUCAGCUCAAUUUUGGCGGCAACACCGACUUUUACAACAUGCUCGAGCGCGAACGCUUAGAAUCGAAAAAAAUCUCCAAAACCCAGGCCGUCACCUCCCAGCUCGACUACGACCUGGGCGAAGACAAUAUUCACGUGGGUCCCAGCGACCACAUCCCCUGGCUGGAAGAUCGCAAAUGGUGUCAUAUCCGCAUGGAAGGCGAAACCUUUGGCGGCGUGCCACUCAAUUUGGAACUCAAACUCGAAGUCUGGGACUCACCGAACUCAGCAGGCGUGGUCGUCGACGCAGUCAGACUCUGCAAACUCGCCCUUAACCACGGCCUCAAAGGCCCCUUGAUGGGACCAUCGUCUUACCUGAUGAAAUCGCCGCCCAAACAAUUUAGCGACGACCAGGCCCGUGAAAUGACGAGUGAUUUUAUUCGCCAGUACGGCAUAAAAAAAUAA